AUUUUGGCCUGGAAGCCAGACUGACACGUCGGUUCAAUUUGUAUCACCCAUCAUAUGGCCGUAUUUUUCUGACACUGGAAUGGUGAAUUUUGGACAAAACUGACCACAGACAUUAUCGUUAGAAGAAAGAGUGAAAACAGAUACAAUGGAAUCACUGUAUCACCAAACAAAUAAAUUAAUUCAGGAAGUUCAAAGCGACCUGGGGAAAGUGGAAAAGAAUGUUGGUGAUCAUGUUCACUUGAUAGAAAACGAAAUACAGGCUCACAUCGACCAUAUCGUCAGUAACUGUGAGCGCCUUGAGAUCCUGGUCAACAAGGAACCUCCAACACGUCGUGCACAUGCUAAAAUGAGAGUUGACCAGCUGAAGUACGACUGUCAGCACAUACAGGCCGCCCUACGUCAGAUUCAACACAAACGUUACGUGAAGGAAGAAGAGGAAAGAGAGAGAGAAGCACUUCUCACACGCACAUUCACCACUAAUGAUCAAGACCGUGACACGUCUAUCCAGAUAGAUGCUGGAAUAGCCCACAAUGAACGGCUCCGGAGUUCACACCGUGAUAUAGAUAACAUGCUAGGUUCUGGAAACAGCAUUAUAGACAAUCUUCGGGACCAGCGAAUCACUCUGAAAGGUGCACACAAAAAGAUGUUAGAUGUCGCUAAUGUAUUAGGACUCAGUAAUACAGUAAUGAGACUUAUUGAGAAACGUAGCUACCAAGACAAAUACAUUCUGUUUGGUGGUAUGAUUAUAACUUGUUUCAUUAUGUAUCUGGUGUGGAGUUAUCUAACCUGACAAUAUUUCUUUUCUUCUUUUUUUUUUGAAGCAUUAUGUUAGACAGGAUUACCCGUUAGAAGUUAUGACAACAAAUAAAUCAAUCAAUUAAUCAAGUUUUGUUUCGUACAAUAUCAAUUUAUUAAAAAAAUCAGUGAGUGUACUAACUAUAUUAGGGGUCGCUUGGAAAUGAGGCAGUGCAAUGGAAAAUAGGGGCAAAGAACAUUUUUACUUUGAAAUUAAGGGCAGGGCACCGCACCCUGCUAACCGGUUCUAGGCGGAACACUUCAAACUUGUGGUGGAAGAGAAAAUAAACAUGAAUGUCUUCACACAGGUAUAGAUUCAAAUUUUAAAGAUUUGAAUUUAAAAACAGUUAAAAUAUUGUGAUGACAUAAUAUAUGUUUAAUUCACAAUCAUGAGACACUAAACAUUAACUAUAUUUCCAUGCUACCCACCCAUGAGUUUAGUCCAGGGUUUCCUCCCUAUUUCCUGAUUUUUUUUAUAUACUGUAUAUAUAUAAAUAUUAUUUUUUUUUGCUGAAUGAUUUAAGUUAAAUAACUCAUUGUCACUAAGAUAUUCUCUGUUAUGAUUUCAAGUAAUUCUCACAAAAAUCUAUUGUUUGAGUGUUUGCCUGGCAAAUCUGGUGCAAGUAAAAGUAAUACCGGUUAGGCAGCUCAUCUAGACCCAAUAGUUUCCUCAAAAAUAUUACUUUCUGUGUAAUUUCCACUUGAAACCUCAAUUAUAUUAGAAUUAAGUCAACUCUAUGUAACCAAAUAUAUAACUUUUUGUACAUGUGAUUUAAUGUACAGGGACUCGACAUUAAUUCUCAACCCUACGGUCAGUAUAAUAUAUGUGUUUACAAAUUAAAGGGUUGAGAAUUUGUGCCUGGUCAGUGUUUUUUUUGUCGUUUAUCAACUGCCACAGAACAUACAAAAUUUGGUCUGAAAAUAAACAAGUGAUUGAGAUUGACGAGAAAAUGAUGAUUGCUAUUGAUAAACAAUUUAAUGAAUACCUGUUAAUUGUAUCAUAUUAUACACAUGUAAUGAUCAGUUAAAGUAGAGUUUUCCAUCAUUUUGUCUUCAUAUGGAUAGGGUAUUUAGGAGUCCUUUCCAAGUUAUGAGAAUGUCAUAUUAUAUCUUUAGACUUCUUUAUCAGAGAUACAGUAGAAAGUGCACCAACAUGCAGUGAACCUUACAAUGAUCUUUGAAGCUCACACAACCAAUGCGAAAUUGUUGAACAGUCAUCCUUAUUAAAAUUAAUUGCAAGAAUAUCUUUACGAAGGAAAUUUGCUUUCUUUUUAGAUCUCACUUCAAAUGUCACAUGUGUGUAAAAUGAAUAAAAAAAUCACAUUUUGUUAUCAAUUUUCUUCAAUAUCAAUGUAUAAACAAUACUAGUUGUAGACCAAAAUGAAACUCUAUCUGUGAAACAAGUUGGUGUCAGAUCCAAGGAAAAAAACUACUAGUGUCAAUUAUAUCGCCAGUGGGUAAUUUUUUUUUUUGCUAAAAAUAAAAAUUCUCUAGACUGUCUAACUAAUAUUCUAGGUCGAUGAUGGCUUGAAAAGAUGAAAGUUACCUACCCUUAGUCACAGGCAUUGAAUGUAGAAGUUUCUGUUUUUUAUUUGAAAUUUAAAUUUUGAUUUAAUUAAUCAAGAACUCUGAUUGUAGCCAUUAUUUCUUAUUGUAAACCUGUUAUAUCUAUAUGUCUGUAUACCUCUUGUUUGGUUGACGUUGUUAUGGUAACCAGUUUUAUAAAAGAAACAUGUGCAUUAUGUUUAUUCAAAAACAUUUAAAAUUAUGUCAAAAUAAAUGUAUGAAGGAUGA